CCAGAAAGCUCUGUUGAUCCUUGAUUUUACAAAUGUUUUAGCUUCUUCAAAAAAAAAACUUUGUAUAGUUAUAACAUAACUUUAUAUUAGUAUAAAAUCUAAGUUUAAUAUGAACGAUUGCUUGUUAAGUCCGAGAGGCAAUCUCUUGUGAUAUUCACGAAAUUUUAUAAAUAGAGAUACAAAGUCAUUCUGAUUCAUGUGUCUGAGUACUCCAAAUGGUCACCUUUUUUCUUAGCAUAAAAAGCAUAAUACUUCCAGUGGUUGAAACUGGUAGCAGCAUCAAAUGAACAUCUAAAACAAAAAAGAAACCCUUCUUUAUGCGGGCGGUUUCUUCGCAAACAACAAAAGACUCGGGUUGAAAGUAAAGACAACGGAAAAGAAUCAUGUCAGCAACGCUUCGAUGCAUGCAAAUUAACCUGGUGCGUUUUGCGAUGCGAUGAUCUUGCUUCUUUGGCCUGAAACGCUGAAAGUAAAAAACCACAAAGUGUAUGCAAAACGAAGUCAUCGUCGGUGCAAAAAAAACGAACAAUCACCACAGGACUCGACUCGAGUGAGCAGACUAAUUUUGAGCGUUGUCUCACGUCAGCAUGAGUCGCCUGUGUGUGCCUGAUGCGACGACAAUUUUUGGUGGAAAAGCAGUUGCUCAGCAGAUGAGAAUGGCAGCGAGAACGUCGUACAGCUGCUGGAGCGUGUGGUUUGGAAAAUGGGAGCGAAACUACGGUAAGUUUUGCGAGAGUAUGAAACCGUGCCAGAGAGGAAAGCUUUCGAACUAAACUGGCCAUCCGCACGCAAAACAUGCUCAGUCUCGUUCGCUUUCCGAUCGCGCUCGGUAACGAAGUUAGAGUUUUCCGGCUUUUCCGGGGACUUUGGUGCGGUCCCACCCCCCCAGUUUGGGGUUGGUACACAAAGCCUUUUUUCUCUCACUUCCCUCACUAUCAUCUUCGUGGAAAUAGUGCUGUACGAAUGGGGUAGAAGCAACUGCAUAAAAAUGUGUUGUUCCCUUUCGCAUGCCGUGACUUUUGCGUCCGGGUGGAUGGACGCUUUUCAAAAGAGUUAUAGCUGAAUAGAACCGUAUCGAUUGUAUGCUGGAAUAUAUAAAAAAACAUUAGAGAAUAAAAAGUGACUAAAAAUACUUCCAAAUUAAUUAUGCUGUGAAAAAAAAAACAAAAAAUGUAUAAAGUUUUUAUAACAAAUGGUUAUGUUAAGCUGUGUGCAAUUACAAUACUAGCCAACAGUAGGAAUGACAUGGAUUCAAUCAAUACCGUGCAGAGGAGAAGAAGAAGUAAACGAGAUUUAAUCUCGGAAUCGACAAAACACACUGAGCUGGAAGUAACACACCCAUUGAACCAUGAUUCCGGGCGUUACCGGAGCGGUACGGACCAUGAAAAUAAAAUGAAAAUAAAACUGUUGAAGUAAGUAAUUAACAUUAGGGAAGACGGAAACGAAACGUUGUCGUUCCAGUGCGGCAUCGAGUGGAAAGAAAAAGGAAGGAAACAAAAUCAAUUGAAAACAAUAUCCAUCGACCUCAAUGCAAGUAGGUUUGAUGUCUUGAUUGUGUCGGUGGUACCAAAUACAGCUAUAAAACCAUCGCCCGAAGCUAUGUCCUUUACCACGCAUCAGCCGGAAAGAACGAAAACAGUGCAAUAAUCAAAAUAUGUCACAAACGUAACUUCAAACACGGUUUUUGCAAAUCGGCUGGCUGGUCUUAUUUGUGUGUGUGCGCUAGUGAAGUAAUAUCCAGCCGGGCAGGAGACGGCCAGUGGCAAAGGGGUGUCAAUUUAAUAAAGUUUUGUGAUAUUGGUUUUUCCUUCGUGCAACGGCUAAAACCACCGUACCGCCUGCCGGUGAGUAUGGUUACGUUAAUCAAAAGCAGCCAAUCGGUUGCCUUCCGUUUGUCUCACGAAUCAAACGAUGUGCUUUCGUGCGCACCGGACAAUGUUCGUGAACGAGCGGCACGUGGUGUUAGUGCUUCCGGCGGGGUACAAACGACGACCCCGUGUACGAGAACGAUGAGCCCGGUUUUUGGUGGCGCAGCUGUCAACCUCGGAAAGUGGAACCGAUCGGAUCACAGCAGGAUUCCUGAAUCGUAGAUGAAUCCUUCGAUCGAUGUGUAAAGCCCCCCCGCCCGGGGAGAGGUGGAGAAACGUUUUCCGGCCACGUUUGAUUAAAGUGUGUGGGAGGCAAACAAUGUACGCGCCAAUUUGUUGAAAUUGUUGUUGCUUGUUGUUGCUUGUUUGUUAACAACUCAGAAGUGCUCAUAAUAUCAGUAGUAGUAAGAAGUUUUUGAAGCAAGACAAAAAGGCAGGUGUGUUUCUACCUGGUGAAGCAACCAGCUACGGCUUAUUAUCAAAACCGAUACAGAAUCGAUUAGUAAAAACCGGCAAGAUGGGAAAUGGCAUGAACAAGGUCAUGCCCGGGUUGUAUAUUGGCAACUAUAGGGACUCAAAAGAUUACCAGCAGCUGGACCGAUAUGGGAUCUCGCAUAUAGUCUCCAUUCACGAUAGUCCACGACGAUUUCAUCCAGAUAAACAUUACCUGUGUGUGAUUGCUGCAGAUAAACCGGACCAAAACCUGUCGCAAUACUUUUCGGUGUGCAAUGAUUUCAUCCAUUCGGCACGGCUGAAGCAGGGCAACGUACUGAUUCACUGCCUAGCCGGCAUGUCCCGCUCUGUAACGGUUGCCGUUGCCUACAUCAUGUGCGUCACACCGUUGAGUUGGAAGGAAGCUUUAAAGGUGGUACGUGCUGGUCGCUCGAUAGCUAAUCCGAAUGUGGGCUUUCAGAAUCAGCUGCAGGAUUUCGAAACCAGCAAACUGAUAGAGGAACGAAGACGGUUGAAGGAACGUUUUCCUAGCUUAGCGCUUGAGUCGACCGAUAAGGAGCAGUGUUACAUAGCUUUAGAUUAUUAUGAAGAGCUGCUAGAAAGUAAAGACGUUUGUGAAGGUCACUGCAAGUUCGGGAAAGACUGUCCAACGGGAAUCUGCCGGACAGACUCCCGUGGUGGUAUGAGACCUUCGCGAAAACCGAGUCUCUCUUCCAAAAAGCAAUACAACACAUCGCUCUCAACGUCGCCCUCGACCUCCUCCCAGCUGUCGGUACGAAGCGUAGGAACUCCCGGUGGUGGAGGGGCACAGUCCUGUCCAACAUCGCCCCGCUGCUCGAAAGCAUUGAGCCAACGUCCGGGCAAUGGUGGAGCGACCCGGAAUCCAGAAAACCCCCGAGCAGCGGGUGAAUAUGCGGCCGAAAUCGACUUGGGGGAGAUAUCUGAGCUUCGACGUAGUAGUAGCAUCGUCAGUACCUUUCGUCCUCGAAGCAGCCCGGCCGGGUUGUAUUCCUAUACAGGUUCAGCGCCACCGUCCAUACACGGUUCGCGGGUAGACUUGAGCGUUAGUGGAGGUACCGGAUCCGCCAUCUAUCUUGGCUCUACCAGUGGAAGUGGUGGAGCUAGCGGGUCUGGCGGAGCGACGGGUGGUGUAGGAUCAGCAAAUAAUUCCCCAGGACCGGGACGUCGUCUUAGUAUGCGAUCCACACCCAAAUCAACACCCCGCUCAACGCCAGAAUCAUCUCCAAAGGCAUCUCCCAAGAAGAGUGCCUCAACAAGGUCUUUGUCAACCACCCCAGCAGGAAGUACAGGUUCGCCGAAAAAGAGCGUAUCCGGAAGUGGUGGUGGACGUACAGCAACGGUAACACCUGCCACUUCUACGCCUCCGACUAAUGCCAGCUCGUGUCCAAAAAAAGACGACAAGCCAAGCAAACUAACCUCAAAAACCACCGUCCCAAGUAAUGCUACUAAUGCAAGUACCACUACUACCACUACUACAACUACUAGUACUACUACUUCUACUACUAGUGCGGGAGGCAGUGUAGCGAGUAAGGCUGCACCCGCGCGUACUCCAUCAAUUGUGAUAGACAUAACCACAACUACGGCCACAAUUACGACCUGUACGACCUCCAGCAAGGAUGUAGCUUACGGACGACCAACCGAAAAGCGGGACGCUACAUCCAAGGUCGCACAAACUAAAGGUGCUGGCGGUAAAGGAAGCAACACCAACAACACGAAUGCAUCCUCCAAAACAAUGGUUGCCAGCAAUAAUGCUAACAAUAGACCAGUGAAGCAGGAAUAGGAUGAAUAGCCCAUUGGUCGAUAACGUAACGAUGCACUACAGUGAUGGAAAGGUUUUAUUAUCAUAAAAUAGAAUCCACCGUUGUUGAGUUGAUGGAGGAUUGAGAGCUGUCUGUUUUUGGGUACAAUAAUAACACCAGCGCAACUGACAGCUUCCUUUUGUGUUCUCCCCCCGAAGCUGGCCCGAAUCCUACACCCCGUGUUAGGAAAAUGUUGGAUUUCAUUAGAUUGAUAACCUGAUAAUAAUACGGUGCCCUCCGGUUAGCGGGUUGCAUCGAAAAGCUCAAACGGAACGAAAAUGAUUAAUUCAAACGCGAGGUUAUAUAUGAAAAGCAUAUACACAUUUAGUAGAAACAAUCAAAAACCCAUUUUGAAUGCUAGAUAGAGCAGUUUAGAUGGUAAGUUUGCAGUUAAGAUGCUACAAUAUUCGGAAACAAAUCCCUAAAAUAAUGCUUUCGAUGUAAAUUUUUUUGGAAAACAAGUUCGUUUGAUUUUUGUUUCUAGAGAGAGAGAUAGAGAAGAGAAAACAAACAUGUCAGCAGUCGUUCCUUACGGUAUUCGAUUCAUAACUGGCUCAAAAAUCAAAGACGCUACGAAAGCGUUAAAUUUGUGUAUCACAAAUGUAAAGAUAUCAGCGUACGAGAGAAGUAUGUUUUGCGUAGGUUCAGCUUGAUGCUAAAAGAGUGUUGUUUGUAAUGCAUUUCGGCGGAAACGAUCAAGCUACGAUAUCAUGCGGUUUGUUGCAAGAAGCUUAAGGGAAAUAAGGCACCGUUUUUCGCUUGCCUGCCUGUCGAUGUGUUGUUAUGCCAGUAUGAAUUAGAUUGACAGCUAUGAUUGAACAAUUAUCGAGCGUGAACCAAAAACACACAGAAAGGUAAAAAUAUAUCCACGUGUGCGAAUGCACUUAUAUUUACACUGAUACAAAAAACAAGAAUCCGCACGUGUACCGUGAACAUAAAAUUAAACACAUCAACCUUCGUAAGGAUGGACGGCCAUUAGCGAUAAUUGCCGUCUUUGGAUUGUUAUUGGUUUGCUCCCUAAGCAAUGAAAGCCAACGUUUAGAAUGGACAGAGAAAGCGUUAAUAGCUGAUUGAAGGGUUAAAGCAUAAAUAUAAGAAGCGUUACAAGGUGAUUUUCAAAGCGUAAAGCAGCUGCAAACGUUUCGCUUAGAGUGUGGCUAUCGCAUGGGCAAAAACAAUUGGGAAGUAUUUAAGAGAGAAAAGCAAAAAAAAAAAACAUAUUCGCACACAUACUCGCGACCACUUUGGUUUCCACUUUGCUAAGUCCCGCUCCGUUAUGUUAUAAAAAGGGAAUAGAAUUUAAAAAAAAAAAACAUCACACAACUGAUACCGGUGAUGAUGAUGAUUGUAGUGCAAUAAGGCAAAUGGUUUUUU